AUGGCAUUGCCUCUACCACCGGGGUUGACGCCCCCAGAGAUCGCGUUCUUAUGUGAGAUGGAGCUCGUGACUGUUAUACCACGCCAGAGACUCGAAGCUCUCGAGCUGCUUGGUGGACCCAUCAAACCUCUCAACCCCCCGCAUCGGACUAAUAUUCCUCUCUGGCUCGCGCUCCUCCUCAAACGCCAGCGACGCGCAAACAUCCUGCCCCCACCGUGGCUCAGCACGCAUUCUCUUACCGCUAUUCUCGAUCACGAGACCGAACAUGCCGAGACCUUCUCUCCACCACCGCGACUGCCACCGCAACCGUCGAACAACACACUCCCAUUCUCGCCGCCAUUUCUGUCGAACUGCGUAGUGGACGCAGCGCCAGACGCGCUGCCAUACCACUGGCUAGAGCUGGGUGAGAUGCUGCUUGAGGCGGCAGCGGAUGACUUUGAGGAUCCAGACAACGUGCGGAAGCUGUUAAGAGGGCUCAGAGAAGCCAGAAUGGCGAAGCUCAGAAGUGGUGUAGAGGUGCUCGAUGCGGCCGGUGGAUUCAAAAUGAACGGCGUGGGAGGUAUGGAGGUAGGGGAGGGCAGGGCAUUCGUCACGGGAGUAAUUGAUGGCUUAAGGAAAAUCGCUGCCUCCCGCGAGCAACAACGCAGAGACCGCGAUCGAGACGAAAUGGAAAACGGAUACUCGGGUACUGCUGGCGACUACGACGACGACGAGAUGGAUAUGCAAUGA